ACCAAUUGUCUUCGUCAUUCUGCACUUAUUGUCUUCCUGUUGUGGAAAGUCGUUGACGGUGUAUCUGCUAAAAUACCACCAGCCCUGACAUCAUGACUAGGUUGUGGUGACCUAUCUAUUACUUGGAAAAGACGCUAAUUCUGGUCGUUGAUAGAUAAAGUUUAUUUUUUUCUUGUCGUAAAACUUUUCACUUUUAAAAAGUAUUUGUCAAGAUAUCAAGCACUGUUUCUUUGCAAUUUCUUUGGUAAAAUAUGAUGAUGAAGAACCAAGAUCUGAUAAAGAAUUUACUCAUCGUCGGUUCCGCUGGGGCCUUCGUCAUCUCCACGUUUCUCGCUACAGUCGUAUUCGACAAAGUCAGUCCGAACAGUACUCUUCCCGAUCAGGAAAUUGAAAUGGGCAUGGCCGUCCAAGCCACCGACCAGCAUAUCGAAGUCUUCGUGGAUGCCGUCAUCCUACUCCAGACCUCCGUUGACAUCAAGGACAUCGUAAAAACGGACGAAAACGGAGAAAAUGGAGAACCUGGUACGAUUGUCGACCUAUUUCCUGUCGGUGCAGCGGCUCAUGGGCGUGGCCAGCUGGAAUUUCGGAUCAAAGCUAUCACACGCGAUCAGAUGCCCAAUUUGGCAAAUAGGAGCCAAGCCACGGUACCAAUGGCGUACAUCAGAGAGGAAACUUUCAAUGAAUUGGUCAAGUCGACCAUGAAGCUGGCCGCGGUGGGGAUAAAGACGGCUGGAUUGAUGGCGUGGAUGGGGGUCUUGAUGGCAAUCGGGUGUAUAAUUGCGGGUGCUGGAUUGAUUUAUCUGGAUAAGGCGAAAACACCAGUGGAAGCGUUGGAUGAUGACUAACGUCGUGCACGUACAUAAUUGGCUAAAUAACUAUUUGGCACUUAUCCAAGUGCAAAAUUUGAUUACACAAAUUUUAUUUUAUUGUUGGAAUUAGAAAAUUCAUGUAUUUUUGUCACACAUCUAUUUAGCAUAAAGCAGUAAGUGUUUAUAUGUACCACUUGCAAACUGCAGAGAAAAUUACAAAUUAAAGUACGACAAAAUUACUUAUUAUA